AUGGCUCCGCCCGCCGCCACCGUCGCCGUCCUCGGCGACGACCUCCUGCGGGAGGUCUUCAUCCUCCUCCCCACCUCCACCGACCUCCUCCGCGCCGCGCUCGCCUGCAAGCCCUUCCUCCGCGCCGCCCGCAGCGCCCCCUUCCUCCGCCGCUUCCGCCGCCGCCACCCCUUCACCUGCCCGCUCCUCCUCGGCUGCCUCCUCCACGGCCCCACCGACCGCCGCCGCAGCACCGCCCCCCACCUGCUCCCGGCCCACCCCGACGCCGCCACUCGCCGCGUCAUCGACGGCGCCGACUUCGCCUUCUCCUUCCUCCCCCGCCGCGGCUGGCCCGAAGCCGCCGGCAGCCCGUGGCAGCUCCUCGACUGCCGCAACGGCCGCGCCCUCCUGCUCAGCCGGGCUUCCAGGGCACUCGCCGUCGCCGAUCCGCUGACCCGGCGCUCGGUCCCGCUCCCCGCGAUCCGCGGCCUAGGGUACGCCCUCGUCGCCGACGACGGCGACUCUUCGCUGUUCAAGGCGGUCUGCAUUUCCCGACGCGUCGGGGGCCCAGGGCUGCGCGCCUUUCUCCUCUCCUCCGCCGACCUCCGCUGGGCCGAAGUCGCUGUCGCCGGCCUCGACGAUGUGCAGCCCGAUCUCGCCGGCUCCCGGGCGAUGCAAGCCAACGGAUCUCUCUACUGGAAGCUAGUGGGCGGGGAGCGCAUGGUGGCGCUUAACACGGACACCAUGGAGUUCGCCGUGCUGGAGCUCCCGCCUUUCUUGAAGGAGAUCAGUUUCGACAUCAUUGAGAAGGGGGAGGACGGCGCGGCUGGGCUCUACCUGCUCACCAUGCGCGGAUUCUGCAUUGAGGUUUGGGUCGGUGUGAAGGACGGCGCCAACGGCGGGCUCACCUGGACGCUGGUGGAGAAGUCUGUCAUGUUCCACAGGGCGAUGGCCGAGAUGGUUGGUUCCGAAUUCUUUUACCAGAACAGGCUGGAUGUCAUCGGGGUGGUUGCCGGUGUUGUGUUCUUGCGCAAUGGUGAAUGUCUGUUCUCCAUUGAUCUCCAGACCAUGAAGAUGACGAGGGUGUCUCCCAAGGAGAAUUGCCUAUCCCAUCUGAUAUAUCCUUGCACCACAGCGUGGCCGCCUUCUUUCCUCAACCCUACUGAACAAGGUGCUUGAUAAGAUGGGAUGUGAUGUUACAUUUCAGCUUAAGAUGAUAAGGUUGUGUGGCAGAUGUGAGAGUUUAUGAGGAAGACAUUUGAUCCAUAUGAAUUUUGAGGGAUGAUUGCUGCGAACCUGCUCUAGUUGUGGUUAACUGUUUGGGCCUCGUAUCGUGUAAUUACUUAUGUUUGUAGUCUUAGUUGGUGUUAUGUACUGUUUAAUUAUGUUUAUGGCCAGUCUUUUACCUGAGAUUAUAAUCUGAGGGAUAUGGUAUUUAGCAUGCUUUUGCGCAUUCUCUGCAGGAGCUUCAUGUUGCUUAUAUCAUUAUAUGGUGUCAAUUUCUAUGUCACUUCACCUGGCUCCUCACUUUU